GUAGAGGAAGUUAGGGAAGCAAUAUGGUCCCUUAAUCCAGAUGCUGCAGCUGGUCCGGAUGGGUUUAAUGGAAGAUUCUUCAAAGAAUGCUGGAACAUAAUCAAAGUGGAUCUGCUUAGGGCAUGCCAGGAAUUUUCUUGGGAAUCAAAAUCCCUGCUUCGUAUGGAAGUACCCUCAUAACUCUGGUCCCUAAAGGUGACAAUCCAGUUAAAUGGAAAGACUAUAGACCUAUUUCCCUGUCUACCUUCAUGAGCAAGAUUAACACUCGUAUUCUAGCCAAUCGACUUGGCUCAUUACUACAUAAAGUGAUUGGUCCGGAACAAGCUGGUUUUCAAAAAGGGAAAUCCAUUGAUGACCAAAUCCUCUUGGCCCAAGAGAUGGCUCAUCAACUGGAUCGCAAGGUUGAGGGGGGAAAUAUCAUAAUCAAACUUGACAUGGCAAGUGCUUUUGAUAGAAUGAGUUGGCAGUACCUAGAAUCAGUGCUAAGGAAGAUGGGUUUCAGCAACUUUGUCACAAGCUUACUGCUGAGCAACCUCCAAGCCACAAUGAUGUCCAUCAACAUAAAUGGAAAGCCUAAGGGUUACUUCCCUAUGAAGAGGGGAGUGAAACAAGGGGAUCCUCUGUCCCCUCUUCUCUUUAUUCUAGGAAGCGAAGGUUUAAGCAAGGCUCUUACACAGGGGAUACAUUCCAG